GGUAGGCGGAAGGGGGGGGGUUAUUUGAAGAAAAGCGAAGAGAUUGUUGUCAACAACACGGGUUUCUACACUGCCCUGGCUAAUUUUACAACAAAAAAAUAACAAGAUGUCAGAUACAGACACCAAGCCUUCAGGUCAGGAUGGAGGAGACCAAAAGGAUGGAGAGUACAUCAAACUGAAAGUGAUCGGUCAGGACAACAGUGAAAUUCACUUCAAAGUGAAAAUGACGACCCAUCUGAAGAAGCUGAAGGAAUCUUAUAGCCAGAGACAGGGUGUUCAUAUGAGUACCUUACGGUUUCUAUUUGAGGGACAAAGAAUCUCAGACAACCACACUCCAAAAGAGCUGGGGAUGGAAGACGAGGACGUCAUCGAGGUCUAUCAGGAACAGACCGGAGGACUUCGGAAUAAUUAGUCUUCCUGGGUUUUAACUUUUUUGUUGUUGCUGAUGAUAAUAUUGUAUUUUAUAUUUGUACAAAAUGACUGAGUGGUUUGUUUGGCUUUGUGUUCCUCUGGGUGGUAGAGAUCUCUGCCAGAGAGGAGAGAAUAAUCGUCUGAUACAUCUCCUGUUCUCUUAUCGUCACCUGGUCUGUUUGUGCUGUUUUGAAAACUCCUAUGAAGGCGUGACUGUAGGAGCUGGCAAGACGGCACAAACAGUCUGAAUGCAUUUCAGAGUAGGAGUGCUGAUCGGAAGAUGCUUUUCAACCGUUCGCUGCCUGCACCCGCACGCCUGACCAGCAUCACCACCCUGAAUGGUUCCGACCUUGAAUAUGUGGACAUCUAUAAGUACCUAGGUGUCUGGUUAGACUGUAAACUCUCCUUCCAGACUCAUAUCAAACAUCUACAAUCAAAAAUCAAGUCAAGAGUCAGGAUAAAGUAAUCCCUCUCAA